AUGCUCAUCGCCAAAACAUCUCAUGACGUGCCCAGCAAGCUCGACAACGGGCGUCCAAUCCAUAUAUUUGUGAUCUCUCCUGUUGUCCCAAACUAUCCGCAAGCAAAGUUUCCCGUACUCGUGGACGACAACAGUGAAAUCUAUCAAGUGACAGGGCCAGUGGAAAGAUUCGCUGGUCAGAUCGCGAGCCAGGGAUAUGUGGUUGCUUGUCCAUCGAGCUACCAUGAGUUUGAGGGACCAGAGGCCAUUCCGUACGAUACCGAAGGGGAACAGAUCGAGAAAGACAUAGCUGCGUACGACGAGGAUGCUACGCUCUCCGUCGAUCUUCUGGUUUCUUUGCCAAACUGCAACGGUCACAUUGCAGGAAUGUGCUUAGGAGGGCACUUGGCAUUUCGGGCUGCUUUUGAUCACCGCGUACUGUCCUCUGUCUGCUUCUUUGCGACUGAUGUUCACAGCGCAACCCUUGGCAAAGGCAAGAGCGACGACUCUCUUGCACGUGUUCACAAGGGGGAUAUGACUGGCAAAGGUGAACUUGUGAUGAUCUUCGGGAAACAGGACACACAUGUUCCUCGCGAAGGUCGUGAUCUCAUCCGCAAGACUCUUGAGGAUGCCGAGGUGCCUUGCUCUUUUCUGGAAGUGCAGGCACAGCACGCGUUUAUCAGAGAUGAAUCUUCCAAAGGUCGAUGGGACGCUGCUCUCACGCGGUCCUUGUUUACAUUCAUGAUGGAGGUGUUUGACAGAACCAUCGGGAGAGAUCUCGGGCCCAAAAUCGUCAAAGGAGAGAAAGUUGAACACGUGUGCUAG